GGGCCCUUCGUGAGGGGAGGCGGCGGCGGCGGCAACAACCCGGAACUGCCGGCGGUGCGGGGCCGCCGCGGGAGCCAUGCCGCCGCCCAAGGACGUGGUGAAGAUCGCCAUCCAGAUGGCGGGAGCCGUCCCGCAGCUCAUCGAGCUCCAGCAGACCAAGCCGCUCGCCUCAGUGCUCAAGGACGUCUGUGAUGCGUGGAGCCUGCCCAACGCCGAGCGCUAUGCCCUGCAGUACGCGGACGGGCGGCAGACCUACAUCACCGAGUCGAACCGCAGGGACAUUAAGAACGGGAGCAUUUUACGGCUGACCACCUCGCCGGACCAAGAAGCAGAGCAGUUGUAUAUCGGGAUCCAGAGCAAGAAUGUGGAUGUGAAGACUGACUCACUGAAGAAGCUUGCAAGCCUCUCCCAGGACAUUACCUUUGCUCAAGAGUUCAUCAGCAGGAAUGGCUUGAAGCAAAUCUACUCUAUUGUAGAAGAAGGGAACGAUACAGGGGAGAUGCUGGCUCAUACCCUCAAAGCCUUCACAGAGCUGAUGGAGCAUGAUUUUGUUUCCUGGGAAAAUCUUAGUACAGUUUUCAUCAAGAAGAUAGUGAGUUAUGUUAACAUGAAUGCAGUGGAUGCAUCUAUCCAGCAGCUCUCCUUGUCCAUCUUGGAGAAUAUGGUGCCUACCAGUCGCCUCCUCUUCGAGGUGGUCAAAAAAGAAGUGACACUGGACCGCCUUCUCACCCACCUGCAGGUGACAAAUGCCCAGCUGCAGCUGAAGGCCAUGGCUCUGCUCAUUGCGCUGCUGCUGAGCGCCACCGACGCCGAGCGCCGGGACAUGAUGGAAUACCUGAGGGAGAAGAACAUCAGGCAGUUUAUCCACAAGAACAUUAUCCACAGCUCUGAGCCGCUGGGGGAUGAGAUGGCCCAUUAUCUUUACGUGCUGCAGUCUGUCAGCCUCAACUUGUGCGAGCAUCGCAUGAAAAUGUCCAUGGAUCCCUACUCACAGGAGCAGCGGGAUCUCCUGCAGUCCCUGCGCCAGGCUGCUUUUGAGUCGGAGAGCGAGGCAGCUGCUGGCACCUUCAGCACCGAGCGCCGGCGAUCGCUGUGCGCCAAGGAGUUCCGCAAGCUGGGCUUCACGAACAACAGCAACCCAGCAGAGGAUCUCCGCCGUGCACCACCAGGACUCCUUGCUCUGGACAACAUGGUGUAUUUCUCCAGGAACACCCCUAAUGCCUACAGCAGGUUUAUCCUCGAGAACAGCAGCCGGGAAGACAAACACGAGUGUCCCUUUGCUCGGAGCAGCAUCCAGCUCACCCUGAUCCUCUGUGAGAUCCUGCACAUUGGAGAGCCAUGCUCGGAGACGGCUCAGGCCUUUUACCCUAUGUUCUUCGGGCAGGACCAUUUCUUUCAAGAGCUGUUCUGCAUCUGCAUCCAGCUGGUGAACAAGACCUGGAAGGAGAUGAGAGCAACUCAGGAGGACUUUGACAAGGUGAUGCAGGUGGUGCGGGAGCAGAUCACCAGGACCCUGUCCCUCAAGCCCACAUCCCUGGAGCUGUUCAAGACCAGAGUGAAUGCACUGAACUACAGCGAGAUCUUGAAGCUGCGGCAGACGGAGCGGCUGCACCAGGAGGAGACGCUGGCUGUGCCUGUGCUGGAGCUGCGGGAGAAGCUGAAGCCGGAGCUGCUGGAGCUGAUCCGACAGCAGCGCCUGCUGCACCUCUGCGAGGGAACGCUCUUCCGCAAGAUCAGCAGCCGCCGCAGGCAGGACAAGCUGUGGUACUGCCGCCUGUCCCCCAACCACAAGGUGCUGCACUAUGGGGACGUGGAGGAGGGGGUGCAGUCUCCCCCCAUCGAGAGCCUGACAGAGAAAAUUCCUGUGGCAGACAUGAAGAUGCUGCUGGUGGGGAAGGAGUGUCCACACACAAAGGAGAAGAGCUCUGGGAAGCAGAACAAGGAUGUCCUGGAGCUGGCCUUCUCUAUUGUGCACGAUGUGGAGGAAUACUGCCUCAACUUUGUUGCUCCCACCCGGUACGAGUUCUGCCUCUGGACGGAUGGGCUGAAUGUGCUUCUGGGCAAGGAGAUGACAAGUGAAAGAACACAGACAGACCUUGAUGUCCUGCUGUCCAUGGAGCUCAAGCUGCGGCUCCUGGACCUGGAGAACAUCAGCAUUCCUGACAACCCCCCUCCUAUCCCAAAGCCUCCCAGCAACUUAAACUUCUGCUAUGACUUUAGCCAUGCAGAGCAGUGAGUUCCUCCCUGUGCCCUGUCCCCACCCUCUAUGUCCCUCAAAAUCAAGUCCCUCCCUCCAGGCUCUGUCCCUCAUCUCUGGCCCAAAGGGACAGGCCAGGUGCUGCUGGGGGCUUGGGUGUCCCACCCUUCCCUGCCUGUGUCCUGCCUCCUGCAAGAACCUGGGAAUGAGCCACCAAGCAUUAGCCUCCUGUUCCAGGGGGGUGACCCGGCUGCUCUGCCCCCGUCACGGGGAGGUGAGAUGAAAUACAGACAGUCAAACCCUCUGUGGUGGCACUGAUUCCCCCACACUGCAGCCAGGCUUUGGGCAGAGAGGGCAAGGAUCUGGACUGGAAUAAAGGUACAGGCAGCCCUGGGAUGGCUGGAGGGGGAGUAACACUACAAAGGUACCAAUCUGCACUGCCUCACUUUUGCCAUCAGUGUAGGGGAUCCUUUCUGGAUGACAAAAUGUCAGAAAAAGGAUGGAACACACCUUUCCAUUAAGUUUGUCAAGCAGAUGGCAUCUCCAGGUCCCUCCUGCACUGAAAGGUGUAUUUACUGAGCUCUGCACUUUCCUGGAAUGGAGGUGAUUAGGGUACAAGCCCGUUUUUCCCAGCACCAUUCAGCUAGGCCUGGUGUGAGGAGCUGACCCUGGUGUGCCCAUCGUGCCAAUUCCAGUGCCUUCCCCACCUGGGGCAGAUACUUGCACACUUCAGCCAUGCUGCUGCACUACUGCACCUCAAGCUACCUCCUCCCCGUCCCACAGCCCCAGUGCCCUGCACCUCCUUGUGCCUGCAUCUCCUCCCAAGGGUGUUGUGCUAACACAGCCACAGGUCCGUGGGGCUCCAGCUGUGCCUCUGUCUCCUGUGUAUUGGGACAAUAAACACUUGUG